CAGGCAUGCCUCAUCCAUUUGUCGCUGUCAGAGCAGCCCCGGCCGGUGUACGGACAGCCUGGCAGCUGCUCUCACCCCUCUCCUCCUUACCAUCAUAUUCAUGCAGACAAGAGCAGUAGACAAGGAUCAGAUCGCGGGGAGCAGCGUUAUAUAGACACAUCCCGGGCACUCGUCUAGUGAUGCACGAGCAUCUCCCGCUACUACCAGCUGCUGAUGCCAAUGUCUGAGCGGGGUAGCCGGUACCAGCCAGUGCCCGCAUCCUUUCCUAUGUAAAGACCCAUCCGCUCCCACCAGCUUCCCUUCCACCAGCGCGACAUCCACACCCUACAGCAGAGAGGCUCGGGCUACCCACAGCAGAGAGGCUCGGGCAGGACAUCGCAAUGAAGCAGGCGCUCAUGGAGGUGAUGAGGAUGAACCGCAUCUGCAGGAUGGUGCUGGUCACCUGCUUAGGAUCCUUCGUCCUGGUCAUCUUUUAUUUCCAAAGUAUGUUGCACCCAGUUAUGCACAGAAAUCCAUUUGGAAUGGACAUUUGCUGUCGGAAGGGGUCACGCAGUCCACUCCAGCAACUCUACAAUCCAGCACAGGUGGACCUUUCCAAUAAUGCCCUUUUGCACCAAAUUAGAAGAGAUCAGGUUACAGACAUUUGUCGAGCAAACAAUGUAUCCAGCAGAAAACGUCGUAUGUUGACUCCUAAUGACUUGAAACAUUUGGUGGUAGAUGAAUACCAUGAAAUGAUCUAUUGCUAUGUUCCAAAAGUGGCAUGCACCAAUUGGAAAAGAGUGAUGAUGGUCCUUACAGGUAGAGGUAAAUAUAGCGAUCCAAUGGAAAUUCCAGCCAAUGUAGCCCAUGUGUCGUCCAAUCUGAAGACCCUAAACCAGUACAGUAUUUCAGAGAUUAACCAUCGCUUGAAAAAUUUCAUGAAGUUCUUGUUUGUCCGUGAACCAUUUGAGAGGCUGGUUUCAGCUUACAGAAACAAAUUUACCCAGAAAUACAAUACAUCGUUCCAUAAGCGUUACGGAACCAAAAUAGUAAGGCGGCAACGUAAAAAUGCCACCCAGGAAGCACUGCAUAAUGGCAACGAUGUAAAAUUUGAAGAGUUUGUCGCUUAUCUUAUUGACCCACAUACCCAAAAAGAAGAACCAUUUAAUGAGCACUGGCAAACUGUCUUUUCUCUCUGCCACCCUUGUCAUAUUCAUUAUGAUCUCAUAGGGAAAUAUGAAACCUUGGAGGAGGACUCAAAUUAUGUCUUGCAGCUGGCGGGAGUGGGCAACUACUUAAAGUUUCCCACUUUUGCCAAGUCUACUAGAACUACUGAUGAAAUGACAGCCGAAUUUUUCCAGAACAUCAGCUCCGAGCACCAAACACAACUGUACGAAGUAUACAAACUUGACUACUUAAUGUUCAACUACUCCACUCCAGCCUAUCUGAAGCUAGAAUGAUUGGAAAUCUGUUUGUUACUGUGCGAUAAGGGACAAUUUGUAAAUUAACGGAAGGCAAAAGUGGGGUUAGGGAGGAGGGGGGGGCGUUCGAUUUGUGCUGCAAGCAGUACAAGCAUAAUAACUUAAUCUCUUCUUAGGAAAGACUACAAACUGUUUAGGGUAAGAGGAAUCUAAGCUAGUCUGAAGACACGCAAGCUACUAUGCUGUUCUCAAGUUCCAUGACGCCUUCAUUCUGUAUGUAAAUUGUCUAUAAAUUAUUUAUAGUUAUUUAAACAAUGUCUCUUGGUCUGAUUAAGUCUACUGUGUGUCUUUAUAUAUAGAUAAAUCUUUAUGUUUCUAGAAUAUCUAUAUAUAGAGAUAUUUCUGUGUGUAUAUAUACAUACAUAUGUAUAUAUGUACAUAUUCAAAGAGCCAAAUAUUUAGGAACUCUCCUUGUUGAAAUCCUUGCCACCCUGGUUAGUAAAUAAAUAAAUUACCAGUGUCACCUGAAUGAUGUGACCUUUUUUUUUUUUUUUUAACAAGCUAAAACCCAUUAGGUUUUCUACUCGAGAUUAUAUAGAGAUAUCUUUUAUUUUGAAUAAACAAAAGGGUAUUGCAUUAGUUCAGACAUACUGUGAAUAAUAGUAUACAAUAUCAGUUCAGUAUUUGUGUAUUAGGUACAAGUGUUUCCUCUUUCUUUUGUUACUCUACUAUAGACCCUUAUGCCUUGGCCUAUUUGGUACAUGUAGUCUAUAUCAAUUCCCAUAAAGGAAUAGGGUAUUAAAAAAAGUUAUCCACUAUACGCAGGAUAGGGAAAAGUGUCAGAUCUUGUGGGGUCUGACCAAUGGGACCCCUCACAAUCUCCUGCUUGGUGCCCCAGCUCUCCGCAUUAAUGAAGUGUGUCGACAACGGCAAGAAGCGGUGGCCGACAUGCCCUCCCCCAUGCAUCUCUAUGGGAGAGACGGAGAUACAGAGGUCGAAUCCCCUGCGAUCUGACACUCAUCCCCUAUCCUUUCUUGAACAGGAUUACUCCUUUAACUAUGGAGAUUGCAUAAAUCUGAAUAAACUGUGUUUUCACUAUACUAUAUAGUACUGUAACCUCACCCACAAAACACAUUAGCAGUCUGUUCAGAUCUAUACAUCAGCUUUUGGUUGUAUGUGGUUCAGAUAUUAUGCAAAAUGUGACCAUUUUAAGUGCAAUUUGUUUUUUAGGUGCUGCAGACAACUUUAUAACUUCAUCCAUGUGGGUGCUGCUCAGUAAUGUACUCUCAUUCACCUGGAAUACCUUUAGGCUGAACCCCCUGGGGGGCAUAAGGGAUAAUGAAAUAACUGAGGAACCUGGGUACCUUGAAUCACGUCUAUGUCGAAAAUACAAUUGUGCACCAUAUUAAAUGUCUUCAUUUUUCAUGUAAAGUGAUCUAGAUUUUUUUUUUUUACCUAUACUGGAGCGUUUUCUGUUCUGUAAGAUAUAGUACCUAGUGCAACAAUUUCCCAUAUAAUUCUGGAUACUUCUUUAGGGUAUGUUAACACAUACUUAAAGGGGUACUACGCCCCUAGACAUGUUAUCCCCUAUCCAAAGGAUAGGGGAUAAGAUGUUAG